GGCCCACAGCGAAGGGAAGGAGGAAGGCAGGGAGCCCGGGAGCGGGAGCCGGAGUCGCGGCGGCGGAGACCCCUGUGCGGUGCGGAGGGGGCGGCGGCCCCGGCUCUGACCCGCGCCGGGGGGGGGUGGGCCAUGGCGGAGAUCAGCGACCUGGACCGGCAGAUCGAGCAGCUGCGGCGCUGCGAGCUCAUCAAAGAGAGCGAAGUCAAGGCCCUGUGCGCUAAGGCCAGAGAGAUCUUGGUAGAGGAGAGCAACGUGCAGAGAGUGGACUCGCCGGUCACAGUGUGCGGCGACAUCCACGGGCAAUUCUAUGACCUCAAGGAGCUGUUCAGAGUGGGUGGUGACGUCCCUGAGACCAACUACCUCUUCAUGGGGGACUUUGUGGAUCGCGGUUUCUACAGCGUCGAAACGUUCCUCCUGCUGCUGGCACUUAAGGUUCGCUAUCCUGACCGGAUUACCCUGAUCCGGGGCAACCACGAGAGCCGCCAGAUCACGCAGGUCUACGGCUUCUAUGACGAGUGUCUACGCAAAUACGGUUCGGUGACCGUGUGGCGCUACUGCACUGAGAUCUUUGACUACCUCAGCCUGUCGGCCAUCAUCGAUGGCAAGAUCUUCUGCGUGCACGGGGGCCUGUCCCCCUCUAUCCAGACCCUGGACCAGAUCCGGACGAUUGACCGGAAGCAAGAGGUGCCCCAUGACGGGCCCAUGUGUGACCUGCUCUGGUCUGACCCCGAAGACACAACAGGCUGGGGCGUGAGCCCCCGUGGGGCCGGCUACCUGUUCGGCAGCGACGUGGUAGCCCAGUUCAACGCGGCCAACGACAUCGACAUGAUCUGCCGCGCGCACCAGCUGGUGAUGGAAGGCUACAAGUGGCACUUCAACGAGACUGUGCUCACCGUGUGGUCGGCGCCCAACUACUGCUACCGCUGUGGGAAUGUGGCAGCCAUCCUGGAGCUGGAUGAGCAUCUCCAGAAAGAUUUCAUCAUCUUCGAGGCUGCGCCCCAGGAGACCCGGGGCAUCCCCUCCAAGAAGCCCGUGGCCGAUUACUUCCUGUGAUCC